AUGGAGGAACGUAAAAAUAACGUACAGAUGGAAAGAAGAUUGUGGCAAAUUGAACGAAUGAUUCAGCAGCAAUCCAGACAUAGCGGAACUCUAAGUCCGACUGAACAAUUCAUCACUGAUAUUUUGCGAAUUUGGAGAAUAAGACGUAUUUAUAAUAAUAUAUUGCAGUGUCUGCCCGAUAAUUAUCGCCUACUUUUGAGACGUGCUGUUUGGGUUAUUUUCACGCUGCAUGAUUUUUGCGAAAUUUGUUUACAUGCCCGCAAUACAUUCCGACGAUAA